UAGGGAAGAGAGUUGGUGAGGAGGCAGUGUCCCUGAACCCUACAUGUGCUGAAAGUCAUCAGUGGUACGCCAUCAUGUGUGGAAUAAUGGCAGAAUAUGACACAGUGCAGAACAAAAUAAAGAACGGAUACAUCUUUAAGGAUCAUCUGGAUAAAGCCAUUGAGCUGAAGCCACAAGACCCCUUGUCCUACUACCUGCUGGGCCGCUGGUGCUACGCUGUGGCUCAGUUGUCGUGGAUUGAGAGGAAAGUUGCUGCUACGUUAUUUGGAGACCCUCCAAGUGCCACAGUGGAAGAUGCACUAAAUAAUUUUCUUAAGGUACAGUGACACAUU